AAGAGACACGUUAUAUUCAAUAAUCAUAUGCGUAUCGUUUCAUGUGGGAUUUUACCACUUACUUGCUAUUAUUUAAUGACAGUUAUUACAUUUAAUGGAUUUUCAACGUUUGUUAAUUAAAAUAACACCCAUUCUUCCAUGAAUCUUAUGUUUCAGAAAAACUUGAAAUCGUUCAAGAAUAAGAUUCCCUUUGGAAAUUUUUGUUUUCGAGAUUUUUCAUUAAGUCACGUUAUUAAAUCAAAUAGUGUUAUGACGAGCUCUGGAAAAAGUAAAGUUGACACAGAUGACACCGAAAUGGAAGAGGAAUCGAAAGUUGAACCUAUCGCAUCAAGGCUGGAAAUCGACACACAUGAAGUAAAUUUGAACAAUACUAACAAAUCCUCUGGUUCCAAAAAAUGCCAAAAUGAGGCUGAUGGAAUGCUACCACACCUUACUGGACUCUCCAAGCGAGCACUUAAAAGGAUGAAAAGAAAUGCUAUCAACAAGGAGAGAAGAAAAGCAGCACGUGUUACAUCCCUGACAAAGAACUUAAAUCCUGGUUUUUCUUCAGACUACUUUGGACUAACAGAUUAUUACUAUGAAAAUGGUCUAAGAAAAGUGUACCCCUACUACUACAGGUUUGAAUCAUACGUCAAGGAACGCUGGAUAGGCAAAACUCUCCCUGAUAUUUUAGCAGAAUUUCAGGUAGAUCCUCAGGAACGAAGUAAAAGUGUGGAAGAUAUCCUGAGAGAUGGUGACUUAAUGAUAAAUGGUGAAGUGAUAACAACUGCUGACAGAAUACUAAAGUCAAAUGAUUUCAUAUCAAACAGAAUACACAGACAUGAGAAUCCUGUCACUGGAAAACCACUGGAAAUUGUUGCAGAUGAUGAGAAUGUUAUUGUGUUAAACAAACCGUCUUCAAUUCCUGUCCACCCCUGUGGAAGAUAUCGUUUCAACUCCAUCCCCUUCAUUCUUGGCAAAGAUCUGGGCUACGCUAAUCUACGUAGUGUGAUAGAGUGUGACCAACCAUUAGGUGUCCUGUCCAGAAAGGACAGUCUGUAUGGUGUCGUGCCAGAAGGGAAGGCUAGUAAAACAAUAUUUGAAUACAUCAGCUACAACGGAACAUCCAGUUUAAUUAGGUGUUUGCCUCAAACUGGUAGAACCCAUCAAAUUCGACUGCACUUGCAGUAUCUAGGCUUCCCAGUAAAGAAUGAUCCUUUGUACAAUAAAGGCUGUUUUGGCCCAAACAAUGCUAAAGGUGGCAUUCUGGAAAAAUCCUUGACAGAGAUUGUAAAGUCCUUCAGAGAAAAGCACAACACUGGUUUAUGGGUUGAAGGCGACAACCCAUUGUUUCAGAAGAGACUUGAUGAGAUAAAAGUACAGAUUGAACAAAAAGAUGUCAAACAUCAAGAAGAGGCACAAUCUUCUCAUGGUCACAAUGAAGCUUGUGAGUCAAAUCCUUGUCAGACGAAGGCUUGUGAAUUGAAUCAGAAAGAGAUUUCUAGUUCCAGUCAGUGUGGGAAAAAGGCUUCUAACUCAAGUGUUUGUGAGACAGAUGUGUCUGAUUCACCUGUACUUCCUAUAUCAGUCCUGCCUGAAGAGGAACCCAAAGCUAAACGAUGUAAACUUGUUGACAGUAAUUCUGAUGUUGAUUCCCUAACAGAGUCAAUAACCACUGACCAGUGUAGACAAAAAGUCAGGACAUAUAUGAAACCUGAAUUCAACCCACAGCAAUGGGUACCUGAUGAAAAAUGCUUCUAUUGCAGGAAGAGUUUCAUGGACCCAAAGCCAUCUGACAUGAUCAUGUAUCUUCAUGCUCUUAAAUACAAGGGACCGAAAUGGGAAUAUGAGACACCACUGCCUGAUUGGGCAAGAGACGAUUGGGUAGAACCAAUGUGAUGGACAAUAGACACUUUAGGCAAUGAUUGUGUCUAUAUGUCACAUUGUGACAGAUACACAAGUAUUUGUACACAUUGUCAUCUGGAUUGUGAACCAAGCAAUGAUGGGCUGUCGCCUUCACACAUUGACAGUUUUUAUUGUUUAAUGGCAUAUGCUAUGAAAAUAAAACUUGAGUCCUGUGAAGAUGAAGAAGAAAAAGACAAUGACAUGAAAAGAUUCAGUUCAGUGUCAUUGUAAUCACCAAUCUUCAUCAAAGUAAAAUAAAGUUAUGUUAUUGUGUUUA